AUGAAGCGCCUCUCUCGCCGCGUGACUGCCCGCGCCGCGUCGCACAUCGCCGCCAACCACGGAGGUGGCGGAGUCGCUCUGUGGCAGCGCGCGCAGUCCGCGCUCGAGGCGGUGCUUCUGCCGUGCGACUUCCCGCACUCGGUCGGGCCGGGCUACCUGCGCUACGUCCAGUGGACCUCGAUCGGGCUCGUCACGGGCAAGGUCGAGUCAAUCCUCGCGACGCAGGCGGCGCUCUUUGCGGUGGGCGUCGGCGCCGGGGCGGUGCCGAUGGCGGCGGCGAUCCAGUGGGUGCUCAAGGAUGGAGUCGGCCAUGCGGCGGCGAUCGGCUACGCCACCGUCGUCAACACGCGUUUUGACGCCGACGCCCGCCGGUACCGCUUCCACGCGACGGCGGGCCACACCGCCGCCGACCUGGUCGCUUGCACGAUGCCUCUCGCCCCGAAGACUGUCGCGCUGGUCGGCCUCGAGGUGCCCUCCUUCCUCCUCCUCGGCUCGCUCUCCUCCGCCAUCUCCUCGGUCGCCGGCGUCGCGCAGGCGGUGGCGCGCGCUCGCAUCAUGGCGUCCUUUGCGCGGCAAGGCAACCCCGCCGACGGCACGCCUCACUUGUUCCUUGAGAGCAACCUCGCCGACUGCACGCGCGCGGGCCAGUCACAGGCGAAGCUCAUGUCGCUUGUCGGCACCGCAGCCGGCAUCGGCCCCUCGUGGCUGUCGGCCAAGACAGAGCUCGAGACGCACGAGAGGAGAGCUAACAUCGCGCUGCCUUACCGCUCCGUCUUCGGCGGGGCGCUGCGGCUGCAGCCGGCCCUCCGCGACGCGACGCUGGUCGGCCUGCUUUCGGAGGCGAGGCGGUCGGGCGGGGAGGCCGUGGGGCGCAAGCUCGCGUAG